AUUUUUAUGAAUUAGAAACAAACAUUAGGUAGCAAAAUCGCAUCAACUACGCGCAGAAAAAUAUUUGUUUCGUCGUUCGCUGCUUCAAAAUGAAUUCGAAAACCAGUGACCAAAUCAUACAGCUCGAAGCCCAGCAGGAAAAAUUACUAAACACAGUAACAUCCCAGUCAUCGCCAUUAUGGUGCUCGAAAAGAUUUUUAGUCGCUUUGUUCAUGGCGAUGUGCCAUUUGAAUUCAGCCUUCAGCCGGAACAACAUCAGUAUCGCUCUGGUUGAGAUGACCUAUCCAAAAGAAAUAAAAGAUGGAAAUUCGACGACAAUUCAACCACCAGAAUUUGACUGGAAUUCUAUACAAGUUGGGGCAAUUCUCAGCAUGUUUGCUUACGGAGGACUAGUGUCAUUUUUGGGCAGUUACUUCGUGAGCCGAAUAGGAGGAGCAACAUUCUGUGCUUUAACCAUGAUGACGUCAGGGAUCAUGACCAUAUUCCAUCCGAUCCUCUUGCAGUACAGUUUUUACUUAUUUUUGAUGUGUCGAUUCGUGGUUGGAAUCUCCGAAAGCUUAUUGAAUAUAAGCAUCACUGAAGUAUCUUCACAAUGGACCCCGAAAAACGAAAGAUCGAAACUCACAGCAAUUUCUGGAGCAGGAAUUAACGUUGGUAUGACCAUUGUACACGGAGUUUGUGCUUUUGUGGCUCAUAACUGGGGCUGGCAAAUGAUAUUUUACGUCACAGGGAGUAUAUCGUUUAUUACGUCAUCAGUUUGUUUCAUUUUCGUAAAAAAUCGACCUUCGGAUGAUAAAUGGAUAUCCAAAGAAGAGCUUAUGUACAUACAAGAGAGAACUGCAACUUCCCCCAAAAAACAGGUGAGGCAUCCUUACUGUAGAAUUAUAUCAUCGCCGGUAAUUUGGGCACUACUAGUGAACAAAUUUGCUAUGAUAGCAGGAAUGACUUUCAUAGGUACCUUUCUCCCGAUGUAUGUCAAAGACGUAACUAAAAAGGAUAUCAAAGAAGUAGGAAUAAUUUCUUCGAUACCAAACACUGUCAACAUUUUUAUGCUUCCAAUUUGCGGAAUAUUAUUGGAUUAUGGUAAAAGCAUUAGCAUUUCAGAGACUCUGAUACACAAAAUCUUGAUCGGAGGUUCGUUCAUCUUUACUGGUAUUUUAUUCGCAAGCGCAGCAAUGAUUUCCAAUUUCACGGUAUCGAUUGUAUCUUUUAUAUUGAUUCAGACAUUCCAAUUUAUCGUAGCUAUGGUAUCACAGGUAAUCCUUAUCAGCAUCGCACCAAAUAGCAGUAGUAUUAUAGCAGGACUUACGACCCUUGUAACUGCACUAAGCUCCAUAGGAACACGGAAUACGAUAGCUUCAAUGACCACCGAUCACACUUUGGAAGAAUGGAAUCACUGUAUACUUCUAACGAGUGGUAUUUCACUGUUGGGUGGUGUAUUUUUCAUAUUGUGGGGGUCCAGCGAAACUCAGCCGUGGUCAGUUACACCGAGCUAUAGUCAAGACGAUCAGAAAACCCAUCAGACAAACACAAAAGUGACAAAAUAG